AUGAGAGAUGUAAUGUUUGUCUCUGUUGUGUUGAAGCCCAAUCAAGCAGGAGAGACCAGCCUCUCCUGUUCCCAGCUGUGUGUCCAUGAAGAGUGACAAGUCUAUGGGUCUACCUCUAAACUUUAGAGAGGGAGACUUUUCUACUGAACAAAGAAACCAACAGGAGAGAUCAGAGUCAGAGAUUCUCAGUGGUCAGUCUUCCCAGAGUCAUCAAACAGACCUGGCCUCCAUAUUCAGUAUGCUUGAAGAGAAAAUUAUGACAUUUGUGAAGAACGAGCUGAAGAUGUUCAAGAGGAUUCUUAGUCCAGAACUCCCAGAAGGCUUUGAGAGUCAGAAGCAGGAAGUGGUGGAUGCUGAAGAUGAGAAGCAGGAGAGCAGUGCCAGAGAGGGGGCUCUGAAGAUCACACUGCACGUCCUGAGGAAAAUGAACCAGAAGGACCUUGCUGACACACUGGAGAAAUAUUCAGAUGAGCUUGCUGUGAUUUGCCAACGUGAACUCAAAUCUAAUCUAAAGAAGAAGUUUCAAUGUGUUUUUGAGGGGAUCGCUAAACAAGGAAACCCAACACUUCUCAAUAAGAUCUACACAGAGCUCUACAUCACAGAGGGUGGAACAGGAGAGGUCAAUAAUGAACAUGAGCUGAGACAGAUUGAGACAACAACCAGGAAACAAGCAAGACCAGAGACUGCAAUCAAAUGUAACGAUAUCUUCAAACCCUUAACUGGACAAGACAAACGUAUCAGAACUGUGCUGACAAAGGGAGUCGCUGGCAUUGGAAAAACAGUCUCUGUGCAGAAGUUCAUUCUGGACUGGGCUGAAGGAAAAGCAAAUCAGGAUGUCCAAUUUGUAUUUUCAUUCCCUUUCCGGGAGCUGAAUUUGAUGAAAGAGGACAAACACACUUUCAUUGAACUUCUCAAUCACUUCUCAAUGGAAACCAAACAAUCAGGAAUCUCCAUCUACAACAAGUACAAAGUUCUGUUCAUCUUUGAUGGUCUGGAUGAGUGCCGACUGCCCCUAGACUUCCAGAAGAACAAGAUCUGUUGGGACGUCACAGAGUCAACCUCAGUGGAUGUUCUGCUGACAAAUCUCAUCAAGGGAAAUCUGCUUCCCUCUGCUCUCCUCUGGAUAACUACCCGACCUGCAGCAGCCAAUAAGAUCCCUUCAGGGUGUGUUGACCAGGUGACAGAGGUACGAGGGUUCAAUGACCCACAGAAGGAGGAGUACUUCAGGAAGAGAUUCAGUGAUGAGGACCUGCCCAGCAGAAUCAUCUCACACAUAAAGACAUCAAGGAGCCUCCACAUCAUGUGCCACAUUCCAGUCUUCUGUUGGAUUUCUGCAACAGUCCUUGAACACAUGCUGAAACAUAAGAGAGAAGAGAUGCCCACGACUCUGACUGAGAUGUACACACACCUUGUGGUGUUUCAUACCAAACAGAAGAAUGAAAAGUAUCUUGGGAAAGAAGAGACAGGUCCACACUGGAAUAAAGAGAGCAUUCUGUCACUGGGAAAACUGGCUUUUCAACAGCUUGUGAAUGGCAAUCUGAUUUUCUAUGAAGAAGACCUGAAGCAGGCUGGCAUUGAUGUCAGUGAAGCCUCCGUGUGCUCAGGAUUGUGCACACAGCUCUUUAAAGAGGAAUGUGUGCUGUACCAGGACAAGGUGUACUGCUUUGUUCAUCUGAGCAUUCAGGAGUUUCUGGCUGCUGUAUAUGUGUUCCUCUCAUUCAUCAACAACAAUGAGAAUCUAAUGGAUGAUCCUCAAUCAAUGUUCAGAUACUUUUUGUCGCUUUUCAGAAACAAGUCUGAAGUUACUUUCUACAAGAGUGCUGUGGAUAAAGCCUUACAAAGUGAGACGGGAAACCUGGACCUUUUCCUCCGCUUCCUUCUGGGCCUCUCACUGGAGUCCAAUCAGAAGCACUUACGAGGUCUACUGACAAAGACAAGAAGCAGCUCACAGACCCAUGAAGAAACAGUCAAGUACAUCAAGGAGAAGAUCGGGGAGAAUCUCUCUCCAGAGAGGAGCAUCAAUCUGUUCCACUGUCUGAAUGAACUGAAUGACCUUUCUCUAGUGGAGGAGAUCCAAAGCUACCUGAGCUCAGGAAGUCUCUCAAAACCCAACCUGUCACCUGCACAGUGGUCAGCUCUGGUCUUUGUGUUGCUGACUUCAGAAAAGGAGCUGGAUGUGUUUGACCUGAAGAAAUACUCCAGAUCAGAGGAAGGUCUUCUGAGGCUGCUGCCAGUGGUCAAAGCCUCCAGAGCUGUUCUGCUGUCAGGCUGUGGAGUCACAGAGGAAGGCUGUGCUUCUCUGGUCUCAGCUCUGGAGUCAAACCCCUCACACCUGAGAGAGCUGGACCUGAGUAACAAUGACCUGAAGGAUUCAGGAGUGAAGCUGCUCUCUGCUGGACUGGGGAAUCCCCACUGUAAACUGGAGACUCUGAGGCUGUCAGGCUGUCUAGUCACAGAGGAAGGCUGUGCUUCUCUGGUCUCAGCUCUGGAGUCAAACCCCUCACACCUGAGAGAGCUGGACCUGAGCUACAAUCAUCCAGGAGACUCAGGAGUCAGACUGCUCUCUGCUGGACUGGAGGAUCCACACUGCAGACUGGAGAAACUCAAUGUGGAACAUGGUGGAGAGUACACAAUGAAACCUGGACUUAGAAAAUAUGUCUGUGAUCUCACACUGGACCCAAACACAGUAUACAUGCGCCUCUCUCUGUCUGAGGAGAACAGAAAGGUGACACAUAUGGGAACGUGCCAGCCGUAUCCUGAUCACCCAGAGAGAUUUAUGGAAUGUGGACAGGUGCUGUGUAGAGAGAGUCUGACUGGGCGCUGUUACUGGGAGGUAGAGUGGAGUGGGAGAGGAAAGGAAGUUUGGAGUGGGAGAAGGGUUGAUAUAGGAGUGACAUAUAAAGGAAUCAGCAGGAGAGAAGGGGGUGAGGAGUGUUGGCUUGGAUACAAUGACAAGUCCUGGAGUCUGCGCUGCUCUGACAGCAGUUACUCUGCCUGGCACAAUAAUAUCUCCACUACCAUAGACGUCCCCUCCUCCAGCUCCCACAGAGUAGGAGUGUAUCUGGACUGGCCAGCCGGCACUCUGUCCUUCUAUACAGUCUCCUCCGACACACUGACCCACCUGAACACAUUCACCUCCACAUUCACUGAGCCCCUCUAUCCAGGGUUUCAUCUUUGGGGUUGUAGUGCCUCAGCGUACCUUUGUCAGGUGGUUCCAAUGUCAAACACAACAUGAUGUUUCACUCUAAUCAGGGUCAUGUUCAGUGAGACACACUGGAGCAACAAUGUAGAAUAUCUCUCUAGUCAUGAGUUAAAAUACUAUUAUUAUAUCUAAAUAUUCAUGAUUUUACACCACCUAUGUUAAUAGUCAUUAAUAGAACGAAUCACCAAACUGUGUUGUAGAAACUGGUUUCAUUAAUAUAAUUAAUCACCUCACUGUGUUGUUAAAACUGGUUUCAUUAAUAUAAUGAAUCACCACACUGUGUUGUUAAAACUGGUUUCAUUAAUAUAAUGAAUCACCACACUGUGUUGUAGAAACUGGUUUCAUUAAUAUAAUGAAUCACCUCACUGUGUUGUAGAAACUGGUUUCAUUAAUAUAAUGAAUCACCUCACUGUGUUGUAGAAACUGGUUUCAUUAAUAUAAUGAAUCCCCUCACUGUGUUGUUAAAACUGGUUUCAUUAAUAUAAUGAAUCACCACACUGUGUUGUUAAAACUGGUUUCAUUAAUAUAAUGAAUCACCUCACUGUGUUGUAGAAACUGGUUUCAUUAAUAUAAUGAAUCACCACACUGUGUUGUUAAAACUGGUUUCAUUAAUAUAAUGAAUCACCUCACUGUGUUGUAGAAACUGGUUUCAUUAAUAUAAUGAAUCACCUCACUGUGUUGUUAAAACUGGUUUCAUUAAUAUAAUGAAUCACCACACUGUGUUGUAGAAACUGGUUUCAUUAAUAUAAUGAAUCACCUCACUGUGUUGUAAAAACUGGUUUCAUUAAUAUAAUGAAUCACCACACUGUGUUGUUAAAACUGGUUUCAUUAAUAUAAUGAAUCACCUCACUGUGUUGUAGAAACUGGUUUCAUUAAUAUAAUGAAUCACCACACUGUGUUGUUAAAACUGGUUUCAUUAAUAUAAUGAAUCACCACACUGUGUUGUAGAAACUGGUUUCAUUAAUAUAAUGAAUCACCUCACUGUGUUGUAGAAACUGGUUUCAUUAAUAUAAUGAAUCACCUCACUGUGUUGUAGAAACUGGUUUCAUUAAUAUAAUGAAUCCCCUCACUGUGUUGUUAAAACUGGUUUCAUUAAUAUAAUGAAUCACCACACUGUGUUGUUAAAACUGGUUUCAUUAAUAUAAUGAAUCACCUCACUGUGUUGUAGAAACUGGUUUCAUUAAUAUAAUGAAUCACCACACUGUGUUGUUAAAACUGGUUUCAUUAAUAUAAUGAAUCACCUCACUGUGUUGUAGAAACUGGUUUCAUUAAUAUAAUGAAUCACCUCACUGUGUUGUUAAAACUGGUUUCAUUAAUAUAAUGAAUCACCACACUGUGUUGUAGAAACUGGUUUCAUUAAUAUAAUGAAUCACCUCACUGUGUUGUAAAAACUGGUUUCAUUAAUAUAAUGAAUCACCACACUGUGUUGUUAAAACUGGUUUCAUUAAUAUAAUGAAUCACCUCACUGUGUUGUAGAAACUGGUUUCAUUAAUAUAAUGAAUCACCACACUGUGUUGUUAAAAGUGGUUUCAUUUAGAAAUGUUUGAACGUGUUGUUAUUGAGCUUCUUGGUGUUUGUAAAUAUUGUAGAAUGUUUAUUUGUCAAAUUCUUGACACAACAAUCCUGUUUGUGUAUAAACUCAAUUCAACUGAAUGAAAUGAUGUGACAGAUGUGACUAAUAAAGGUUCAUCAACCAGA